AUGGAGCAAACCUUUAAUCAGGACUUGAGCAAUCUAAAGAAUCAGCAGUGAAGCAAUGAUAAUUCAGAAGAACAAGGAGAAAAGCUUGAAUCAAGUAUUUCUGGAUCUCCUGAGGACAAAGAAAAUCCUGAAAAUCUUCAUAAUUUAAGUGGAUUUUAUCUACCCCAGAUCAAAUACAGCCAAGUGUUUCAAAGUCGGUAUCUAGAUGGAUUUAAUUACACAAUCCAAAAGGAGAAAAAUUCAUCCAAACUACCCCCAAAUCCACAAAACAGAAGGGUUCCAACCCAGAGAUCCCAAUCAAUCGUUAAUCUAGAAGAAAGAGAGACUUUCCAGAGGAAAUAAUGAAAUUGUAAAUAAUUCCAGCCAUCUUCCUUCAAAUGAACUUCUGAAAGAAGCAGGGUUUACUGAUAGAGAAAUAAGCAGCAGAUUUUAUGCUUCAAGCCAUACGAUUAGCCGAUCUGUAGUUAGGAAGUAUAAGAAAUAAUACUAGAAGAUCUUUUAAAAGUUUAAAACAAGUUACAAAGAGCUUGAGUAAAAGCAAGAGGAAGUCACACAGGAAGAGUCGAGACAAGCGCAUUCCUAAACUCAGCAAGCGUUACAUGGAUAGUUGUAAUAACAUUCAACAUUCUGAGACCCCUUUUAUCACUAAAAAUCGAAAUUUGGAAUCUAAAAAUUCUUAUAAUGACAGUGAUAUUGUUAAUUUUUUGGGCAAAAGAAGCUCAAACUAUAUAAAAAGUAGCUUUAACUCAGUUAAAAACUCAAUAAAUCACAAAAAUCCCAACUCAGUAACCCAAAACCACCCAGAUUUCCUUCACCAAAGACACAGUAUCAACACACAGGUCCCUCAUAACCCCAAGAACCUCACUGAAACCGCUUGCUUUGCAGUCGGUGAAAUCAGCUCGAUCCCUACCAGGAGUGAUGACAAGAUGAAAGGCCUGAGAGAAUUCUUCAAGAAAUAAAAUAGUCAACGCUUAUAACUCAAUUUAUCACCAGAAUACCUCGAAUAUUGCUGAAGCGGAGGCUCACAGGCCGGUUCUGAGCAAGACCGAGAAGAUGAUUCAGAGAGUAAUUAUCCGCGAAUAAAUAACAAGUCUAAGCAGUACAUUC